UUUGCACUUUAUUGUUCAUGUUCAUACUUUGAUUUGAUUACUGAAUAAAAACAUUUUUGAGACAUAUUUCAAUGAUUUGAGGCGGUGUUGUGUUUUGUGGUGUAUUCAAUUACUAAUUACAUUACGGCAUAGUCAACGUCAAUUUAAAAUCAUGCCGAUUAUUGUGGAAAUCAAAGAACAACGGCUGGGAACAAUAUUAAAGCUCAGAUGUUUCAUUAGCACCUCGGGUACCGAGAGGGAGGAAUUCACCAGUACAGAGUUCAAUGUUAAUGACCUGGCUAUUGUACGUUUACAUUUUAAAGACAAACUUCACGAACCUCUUCAAUGUAAAAUUCGUACACGAGCUAUAAGUGGCAAAGUUAUUAAAGUGAAAGUGUCAUGUCAAGAUACUGAUGAAGCAUUUUAUUCAGAAUGGAUAUGUACGAAUGAAUGGAAGUAUAUUGGAAAAAAAUAUUUAUGUGAUGUAGCAUUAAGUGAUGUCUUGACAAACGUACUUAGUAUAAAUAUAUCUGCUAGCCAGGUAGAAGAUUCACCACUUGCUAAACUUUAUGACGAUGUUGAUUUUACUGACUUUAAUUUGAGCGCAGGUGGAGGAACUGUGCCUGUCCACAAAGCACUCCUUGCUAUCCAGAGUGACGUGUUCCGAGCAAUGCUCACCCGGGAAUGGAAAGAGAAAACCGAGGGAAAUAUUCAGAUGGAAGGGGUCACAUUACAGACCCUACAACAUUUCAAGGACUUCAUGUACCUUCGGACUCUUCCCGGUGAGGGACUUAAGGCCUUAUUGUUAUUUGCAUCAUACUAUUUAAUAGAUAAUCUUAAAGCAGAAUGUGUAUCUAAGCUGGCUCUGGACUGCAAGUCUGGAGAAUGGAAUGACCUUCUAAAUUUUGCUGUGAAACACCAAAUAUUUGAACUGGCUAAUGCUAUCAUGAUAGUGAAUCCAACGUUUGUCAUGAAAGAUAAUGAAAAGGAGCCCGUGAAAAAGCAAGAGAAUGAGGAGUAAUUGCUAGAUAAGUUUUAUUGUUUUAAAAUAGAAAUAAAUAUAUCAUUCAUA